UUUGUCGUCAUGCCAUUCGGUCUCAGCAAUGCUCCAGCAGUUUUCAUGGACCUCAUGAACCGUAUUUUCCAUCCCUACCUCGAUCAGUUUGUUAUUGUCUUUAUUGAUGAUAUUCUUAUCUACUCGAAGAGCCAGAAGGAGCACGAGGAGCAUCUGAGGGUGGUUCUCGGAACCCUCAGACGAGAAAAGUUGUUUGCAAAAUUCUCCAAGUGCGAGUUUUGGCUCCAGCGAGUAUCCUUUCUGGGUCAUGUGAUUACUCAGGCAGGUAUCGAGAUGGAUCCUUCCAAGGUCUCAACUGUUCAGAACUGGUCGACACCGAGGAGUCCGUCCGAGGUUCGCAGUUUUCUUGGUCUAGCUGGUUACUAUCGCAGGUUUAUUGAAGGUUUUUCCAAGAUUGCCUUCCCACUAUCCCAGCUAACGAGGAAGUAUGUGAGGUUCGAGUGGACUGACCGAUGUGAGUCGAGCUUUCAGGAGCUCAAAAAGAGAUUAACUUCAGCACCGGUGUUGACUAUUCCCGAUCCUUCUCGGAGUUUCACCAUUUUCAGCGAUGCUUCGAGACAGGGCUUGGGAUGUGUCCUCAUGCAGGACGGCCAGGUCGUUGCCUAUGCUUCACGUCAGCUCAAGCCGCACGAACAGAAUUAUCCGACGCACGACUUGGAGUUAGCCGCCGUUGUUCAUGCUCUUAAGAUCUGGCGACAUUAUCUUUACGGCUGUCAUUGUGAGAUUUUCACAGAUCAUAAGAGCUUGCAGUAUAUUUUUACUCAGAAGGAGCUCAACAUGAGACAGCGCCGUUGGCUAGAGCUCGUCAAGGAUUACGAUUGCUCUAUUCAGUAUCAUCCGGGAAAGACGAACGUCGUUGCUGACGCCCUAAGCCGAAAGGUGAGGGGUGACUUGACGUAC